AUGUUAUCAAGAAGAGUGGUAUCAAAUUUUUUAAAUUCUAUUGCAAAAUAUUCUUCAGAAAUCUCUUCAAAUGGAAGUGUAGAAUUAACAAAUGAGGAAAUAUGGAAAAGAAGAUCUAAUUUAAGAAUGCCUAAAAUUCAACGUGAUGAGACUAUUUCACCAAAAUUAUAUUAUUCACCAGAAUGGGUCUUAGAAAAAGAACCUGAAGAUGAGUAUAAAGAAAUUACUCCACUUAAUAAAUAUGGAAUGACUCCACAAAAAUGGGAAUUUUAUAAUAAAACUGUAUGGCCACCUGGUUACAUUGUUCCAGAAACGGGAUUACCUAAAAGCAAAGAAGUAUUUCAUUGUAGGGAACAAAUUCAUUUCAGUCCAAAAAGAAUGUGGCAGGCAUGUCAAUUUAUUGAAACGAUGAAUGUUGAUGAAGCAAUAGCUCAAUUAGAAUUAAAAAAUAUAAAAGGUUGCCUUAUAUUAUCAGAAGUUUUAAAAGAAGCAAAAAAACGUGCAACAGAUGAGUUUCAUAUUGAAUUUCCAAGUGAUAUGCAUGUUGCUGAGGCUUUUGCAAUUCAAAGUAAAAUUAUUUAUGGUGUUCGUAGGCAUGCUCAUGAAAAAAUAGCUAAAAUUAGAUAUCGUUACAUUGAUUUAUAUGUUCGUCUCGAAGAAGGUAAAGGUCCUGAUUUUAAAAGUCGUUUAAAACCAAAAGAUGGAUAUGAAAAAGCUCAAGAAUAUAUAGAAUAUUUACGUUCCCGUUCAAUAAAAUAUUCAAUUUAA